AUGCUUAAUAACAGAGAGAAGUGCAGUAUAAUAAGGCACCAAAAAAGAAUAAACCCACUCAGCUUACCUCACAGCACUCCCAUCCUUAAGAGGAAAGACGGUAUUAACAUUCAGCACACACAUUCCACAAUAACAGAGCUGAGAAAGAAAAAAAAAAAAACAAUGAAUACUGCUGUCAUUAUUCCUAAACUAUUAUUAAGCAAAGCAAAAGCUGAUGUUAAGAAGAGAUUACACCCGAGAUUUGAGUCUCGAGCUAAAAAAAGAAACUACCCCAAUAUGAGGCCAAAUCACACAGAGGUGCCACCCAUCACCACCACCACCACCACUACUACAAUAUGUCUGUCCAUUCCCUCCCAGCAGCAGUGUAUGGGGGCACCACCAUAA